CCUAAAAUCUUUGCAAAGCCCAAUAUCUUACCUGCUUGUCACCUACUUGUAUUUUUCACACAGAGAAUUUGUUAAAGAUGCAAGAGGUUUUUUUUGUUAAAGAUGCAGUUUAAACAUAGUGUCUUUAUAAAUAUAUGACGUGAAAUCUUAUGUUACAAGAAUCCAUUAAGUUUGAAGUAGAUUAUAAACAAUUUGGGACUUGGGACUGCACACAAUUGAAGAGACAAAAAAUUAGGGGCAGUCCCGUUGGUACGUCUAGAUAUUCUGUACUCUACACUGAGUUGCAUGCCAAGAAAUAUGAAUUGGAAGUUGACUAAUUCUGCAACAGACUCUUUCACUUAGAAAGAUGUUCAUUUGAAUAGAUUCCACCUCACUGGAGUUUUUUCUGAGCUUCCUGUUAAAAGAGUCAUGAUUACCAUGUUUUGUUUCAGGACUUUAGGUUUAACCAAAAGUCCCUAUAGGGAAAUUUAGGGAAAUAAAGUCUAGUGAUUUUUGGGAAUGUAAAAGGCAGUGAUGCGCAGGACCUCAUGAAGCAUUUCUGGAUUGGUGUGAUGAUUUCCAGACAAACCAUUAUUCCAAAAACCACCCAAAUGCCCCAAAAUUUUAUAUCAGAAAAUGCAGUGUAUACCUUCUCUCAAUGUACACUGUAUGUGAAUUAUCAAAAUUCAUCAGGUGCAGACAAAAGAUUUUGAUUAUUUUAGUUGCAUGAUUAACCCUUAUGUUCUGUUCACUAGACGCUUAGAAAAAGGAUUCUUCAAGGGUUGCUUUGUAUAUUUAAGACAUCUAAGCUUCUCCUUUUAAUUCUUUCUGACAGUUAAACACUUUGUUGUAUACUUCUGGGCAAAAAAAAUGAGCCAAGCCCAAAAUGGCAAAAUAUUAAGCUUUUAAUGGUCUUAACAACAAAUAGUGUAGAUCUCUCCCUGCUCUGUCAAUCCUGGGUCCAUUUAUUAGCUUGUUUUCAGGCCCUUGUUGGGCUGCAUCAGGUGUGACACAUAACUAAAUAAUGGCUAAUCUUUAAGAAAAAAAAAAAACAUCCCAGAAGAUAUUUUUGGAAAAUUCUGUACAGUUAGUUUGAAUUUGACAUCAAACAUUUUAAUCAUUAUCAUGAUUUUACCUUUGCGUACAAGAAGACUAUAUGAGUAAAUUUCCCUGUUUCUAGCUUUUCCCCAAACAGUUCACUGCAGCAAAAGUAAACAAUCAAAUGGUGGCACAGAAAGUCUCAGGAGUGCAUCUGUUUAAUUCUAGCUAAUUUCCUGACCAAUGAUUUGUUGUUAAGACCAUUAAAAUCUUAAUAUUUUGCCAUUUUGAGCUUGGCCCAAUUCUUGUUGUAUUUUAAAAUGUAUUUUAAAAAUAGCCUUUUUAUUUUAUCACCAUUAUAUGCAGUAUACACAAUACAAACAGUAUUGAUGUAAACAGGUAAUCAGGUUUGAUCUUCUCUAUUUACCGCUCAGUCCACUCAUGUUCACUUUUUUUUUUUUUUUGACACUUGAUUAACCUCAGGGCAAAAUGAGCUGAAUUUAAUCUCAAAGUUUCAUACUGGAAAAAAUCCUUUUGUAAUCAUUUAGUGAUCUAAUACUGCGUCACUUUUAGUAACACCUCAUUUUCACCUGAAGAGAACAGAAGUUUUAAGCAAUGCAAUUUAUAAAUGUUUUACUUUUAACAAACGCACGUGAAUCAUGGCAAAUCAGCCUACAUUUUCUACAUUUUUCUCUGCACUGUUCAAACAAAAGCAAGUCAGUUGUACAAAAUAUGUCCCAAUCUGGCAACACCAGCUCUGCGACACAGCCCUGUGUAUGUGUGUCUCAGCCUCUGACAUCAGAGGCAGUACUGAGCUGGUAUUCUCGGGGCUUUCCUCUGUGUUUGUUCACUGCCCUACUUCCUGGAAGUAAUGCACGCAAGGGAGGGAGGGUGGAGCGAGAGAUAGAGACAGAGAGAGAGAUAGAGACACUAAGGGAGAAAAACACCACUGCAUAUGCAUUUCUGCCGUUUAGAAAGUGAAACCAACCUCAUCCGAGGCCUUGCUGAACCUGAAGGCUUCUCUCCGUUUUGUUCGUAAGCAUGGACGAGAGUCAGUACGGCAUGAAAAUGUUAGACAAUGGGUUUGACAUGGAUGUGUCCUAUCAUCAGUUAAUGCCCUUGUUUGAGAUUAAAAGUGAACCCUAUGUUCCAGAAACAGCUCAUGGACCUUUCUUACAGAUAAUCGAGGAGCCUAAACAAAGAGGCUUCCGGUUUCGUUACGAGUGUGAGGGUCCAUCUCAUGGGGGUCUACCAGGUGCUUCCAGUGAGAGGAACAGGAGGACGUAUCCCACUGUUAAGGUGUGUAACUAUGUGGGUCAUGCUCGGGUCGAGGUGCAGCUCGUGACACACACCGAGCCCCCUCGUGUCCAUGCACACAGCCUUGUUGGAAAACAGUGUAAUGAGAACGGAACAUGCAGCAUAGACGUGGGUCCCUCUGACCUUACAGCACAGUUCAGCAAUUUGGGUAUUCUUCAUGUCACUAAAAGAGGAGUUUUGGAUGUUCUGACAAAGAGACUGAGAGAAGAGAGAAAGAGAGCGAAGCAGCCUGGAUACCAUUUUAGUGAUGCAGAAGAACAGAAUAUAUUGCGAGAAGCAAAAGAGCUGGGCAAAAGCAUGGACUUAAACAUAGUGAGGUUAAAGUUCACUGCUUACCUUAAGGACAGCAACGGAGGAUUCACCAGAGCUUUGAAACCAGUCGUCUCCAACCCCAUCUACGACAGCAAAUCUCCCAAUGCGUCCAAUCUCAAGAUCUCACGCAUGGACAAGACUUGUGGCUCAGUGAUGGGAGGGGAUGAGAUCUUCCUGCUGUGCGACAAAGUUCAGAAAGAUGAUAUUGAGAUUCGUUUCUAUGAGGAGGACGAUGAGGGAGGCUGGGAAGCAUACGGAGAUUUCUCUCCUACUGAUGUACACAAACAGUAUGCCAUUGUCUUUAAAACGCCACCAUAUCACAAAGAGAUCGAGCGACCUGUCACUGUCUUUCUGCAACUCAAGAGGAAGAAGGGUGGGGACUGCAGCGAGCCCAAACAGUUUACCUACGUCCCACAAUAUCCAGAUAAAGAGGAAGUUAUGCGGAAGAGGAUGAAGUCUCUUCCGCAACCCUAUGACCACUGGCGGGGGCCACAGGGUGGGGCAGGGGGCCUGGGCAGAGGAGCUGGGGGCUUUGGAGGUCCAGGAGGAGGUGGAGGAGGAGGUGGAGGAAUAUUGGGAGGAGGAUUUCAGUUUAAUCCCUUGGAUGGGCCGAACUUCUAUGGUGGAUUUGCAGGAGGCACACAGAUGGCAGGAUCUGCUCCACAGCCAGAUAAACCCCAGGAACAACAGCAACAGCAAGAGAUGCCUGCCAGCUUAGCUGCACAGCAACAACUCCUUCAGAUUGCCUCGGCGCUACAGAGGCGGACCACUGCAGCAGCAAUUCACAGUGCUAAGGCCCUGUUGGACUACUGCAGCACAGGGGAUGUUCACUUCCUCCUGGCCAUGCAGAGACAACUUUGUGGCGUGCAGGAUGAGAAUGGAGACACGCCCUUACAUUUGGCCAUUAUCCACCAGAAGCCAACAGUGGCCACAAAGCUCAUUCAGACUAUCAUAAACACUCCUCAGUUCAAAUUCAUCAACAAGUUCAACCACCUCAGCCAGACCCCACUGCAUUUGGCCGUGAUCACCAAGCAGCCCAAGUUAGUGGAGAUCUUGGUAAGAGUAGGUGCAGACCCUACCUUGCUGGACAGGGACGGACGGACAGCGGUGCAUCUGGCUGCGCAUGCCGGAGAUGAGGCCAUUCUGAGAGUGUUGCUAAACGUGCUAGGAGAGCGCCAUUCUCACCUGCUUAACAGUACUGACUUCUCAGGUCUGUACCCACUGCACCUGGCUGUGAGAAAAGGAGGCGAACGCUGCCUGCGUUUGCUGGUGGAGGCCGGUGCCAAGAUCAACAUGCCUGAACAGAAGAGCGGUUGCACAGCGCUACACCUGGCUGUUAAGGAGGACCUUUUCAAAGUGGUCUGCACUCUCAUCACUGAGCUGAAGGCUGACGUUAACGCAUGUACGUUUGGAGGAAACACUCCACUACACCUGGCUGCCAGUCUCGGCUCUCCACCCCUCUGCUCCAUGCUUAUAGCAGCAGGCGCAAAUAAACAACUGGAGAAUGAUGAGCCACUCUUCUGCUACUCCUCAUCCUCUGAUGAGGAAGACCAGGAUGAAAGGAGAGAUGAUGGAGAAGGACUAGUCGAGAAGGAUGUAGCCGAGCACGUACAAGGACUGUCGAUAUCAUCUGAUAAAAGUCGGGUCAACCCACGCAAGAGACCAGCGGUUGGACACACUCCUUUCGACUUGGCCAACUGUCAGAAGGUUAAAGAUCUGUUGGAUAGUCCAAAGCCGAGUCACCUUUCAUCCAAGAAGACAAAAAAGAGCACUGAAGAUGUGAGCCAACCUCUGGACAGCGAAACAGUCAAUAAGCUGUGUGAAAUCCUCAACAAAAGCCAAGUGCCAUGGAAAGAGCUGGCAGAGAAACUAGGCAUGCUCACCCUGGCACACUUGUACCAAGAAAACCCCUCCCCCUGCAGGAACCUUCUAGAAAACUACCAGUUAAGUGGUGGUCCAUUAGAGGGGCUGGUGGAUGCCCUGCAGUCUCUCGGGCUGAGAGAAGGGGUUCAAGUUCUGAGAGCCAGGCAGCCCAGUGAGGACAAGCAGAGCACAGACACAACAGUGGACAGCGGCUUUGGCAGUCAGGAGGCGGACACUCCAGCUGUGGCUAAUGACUGAGCAGUGCAGUUCCAUGAAACAAACUGAUUCUGUUUGAUGCUUUAUUGUCAACCAGAUGGAAAGUUGUCCUUCUCAACUCAUCACGGUGAAGAAUCGGCAACCCAGGCUCACACACAGAUCUUUCAGUGUUGCGAGAGACUCAGAAGAACGUGAUGUUGUAACUGGUGCUCUAAAUGCCGCCUUGUAAUGUAUUCACAGUGGAAGAUAUAGGAAUGAGAUACUGAGAUAUUACUCAUCUUCAAUAUCCCAGAUGUAACAUUUGCAAUUACCCUGGUACCCUAGUUCCCAAUUAUGAUCUUGUGUCUAUAGUCUAAUGUAUUCCUUUAUAAAUGUGUCAGAUACAAAAAGAUUUCUCUGUGUUUCUGACUGCUUUUGAUUUACUAUAUUACUAAUAUUGUGUAUUUAUGAGAGUUACGUUUUUUCAGCAAUAUGCCUGUGCAAUAGAGCUAUGCGUGAAAGUGUUUUUGAUACAUUGCACAUAUAAGUGUUGGCUUUCUGGCUGUCAUUGAAAUAAAUAUAUUUUAAAAAUAAA